AUGUUGGCACUCUUCGAAUGCUUCCGCCAGAGCCGACAAGGAAGGUUUCUGGCUGUUGGGGACGGUAGUAUCGUCGAGUUCGUGGCACUGUGUGGACGGUUGGUGAAAAAGGACAGAGAACGUCGUAAACGAAGGAACUUUUACAUCAGAGGUCGAAGGAUGCUGCGCCAAAUAUUCCAGCUGGCGCGGACUGCCGGCGGCUUCGCGUACUACGGGGCGUCGCGCCGCCUGCCAGCGCUCUACUACCUGGACUUCGGGUUCGUGGCGCUGCUGGUGACGACGGCCGCCUUCGCCACGCUGCUGGUGCUGCUGCUGCCCGUGCUCAAGGGGCGGCGCGCCACACUCGCGCUGGGGGCGCUGAUGCUGGGGACGGCGCUGGCGCAAGGCUACGCGCGCCUCAUCCCCGAGUGGCAGGUGGGCGGGGCGCGCCUGCGUGGGGUGGCGCUGAGCUACUGGCCCGGUGCGCCGCUGCGUGACUGUUCCCUCUGGCUGGGCGUGGGCCUGGCGGGUGCCAACGUGACGCUGCUGUGUCGCGCCGAGGGCCGCGCCUUCGAGUACUACAACGAGCACCUGGACCUGGAGGAGCAGGAGGUGGCACUGCAGGCUGCGCUGCUGCCGCCGCUGCAGACGGCUGCCAGCACCCUCGCGGGCCCCAGCGGCCUCUUCCUGCGCAGGGCGGGCCGCUGGGCGAGUUGCGCGCUGGACGCGUCGGCGGCGCUGUGGGCGUGGGCGGCCGUGAUGCUGGCGGCGCUGCCGGCCCGCGCGGGGCCCGCGCUGCGCCACCUGGGCGUCUCGCUGCUGGCGGCCCCCGUGCUCUACCACGCGCUGCAGCAGCAGCUGCACCCGUCUGCGCAUGCGCUGGUGCCGCCGCGCGGCCUCGCUCUGCGCUACGGCGCCUGCUUCUGGCUGUGCGUCGCCUCCGGCCUGGCCGCCUGCGCCGCCGGCCUCGUCGCCGAGGUGGCGGCGCGCCGCGGGCGCGUCUGUCGCACGGCCUUCCAGCUGGACACGUUCGAGGAGCAGGCCGGCAGGCGGCGCGGAACGCGCGGCGACUGUGGCUGCGUCCCGGAAUUGAAUGGAGAGUGGAACGCGGAAGGGAGGAAUAGUAGACGAGUGCAGAGAAACCGCUCGACACGAGAUCGUUGUGGAGAAAGUUUCUUGGGCACUGUUCCAAUUCUUUUUGAAUUUUCUGCAGUUAAAAUUGAUGAGGUGUCGAUAGGAAGAGUAGCAAUAUAA